AUGACCGCCAACGUCCUUGAACGUUUGCCGUAUGAUGUCCUCGAUGUCGUAUUCACCUUCGUGGAUAAUCCUACUCUGCUCAAGGUCUCCCUCGCCAACCACGAGCUGAAUCGUCUAUCGUCCAAGUACAUCUUUGCCACCGUCGAGUUCAACUCAAGAUCGGGCCGCGAUCGUGGGUACGGAUAUUAUGGAAGAAGGGACGAGAAGGAUUCCGCUGUGUAUGCUCUGGAACGCCGACCAGAGCUUCGAAGCGUGGUCAAGAGGGUCAUAGUCAAUCAGUCCAGAUAUUACGGUUACAAAGCUCGCGAAUACAUCGUGUCAGAGGAAUAUCUCGGCCUUUUACCUUCUCUUCCCAACCUACAGGAGAUCAAUUUAGCAGCUAUAUAUGACAGGGAUGAAUGGAGCAGUAUCCUGACCGUUAUCGAAGAGCUCCCUCGACUAAAGAAAUUGAUCGUACCUAGUUAUAAUUCGCCCGCCGAACACAAUCUGUCAAAAGUUCACGAGCUCGAGAUCAUCAACAGGUGGUCAUCCGAAGAACAAUGGGGUGGUUCUCAAUUCGCAAAGAAAGUGCUUUCUAUCCAAGAUCUGCGUCUCUCGAAUACUCAACCAGAAUUCAUAAAAUUACUUUCUAAUCUUCAAUAUUUGACCUGGAGUCCGAGAAGGAGCUCAUUAAUCUCAAUUUGUGGAGCUUUAUCGUCUUUAAUGCGGCUCAGAAAGCUCAAGCUGUGGGUUGGACGUGAGAAUAAGUCCUCAUAUUCUAUGAUCCCUUCGAUAAAUCUCCCUCGGCUUGUCGAGCUCGCCAUAAAGUGGAGGCCACUAUACGAGCAAGACGAAGGCCAUGCAAUGCUUAAUCUCAUUCAGGCCAUUGCGGGGAAGUCGCAACUUCAGAAGCUAGAGGUCUCAUGCACCAGACUAAAUGGUCUCUGCUUCGACGGAGACAAAGUCGUAGGCCAUAUUAUCAAGGUACACGGACCAACACUCAUGAAGUUGAAAAUCCCAUCUUUCCAUCUUUCUCUGGCUACCAUGAAAAUGGUUUGCAUGAAGUUGCCGUCGCUUGAAGGACUUUGGAUCGGAGUGAGUUCCCAUAUGAAGGCCGGCCUGAUCUCUGCGCUUCAAAGCUCACUCUCCCUCCGAUCAAUCCGAAUUCUCGGUGAGGGACCCUGGAUAUUCGCGUACGCAGACUCUUUACUCCGCCAAACAUGUACUAGUCUAUCCACCGUCAAAGUAUAUAGGCGAGGGCGAUGGUCCAAGGAAAGCUAUACGUGGGAGGUUAUCUGGGAAUAUGACUACGCUCUCGAGUGCGCUGUUCGACGUAUUUACGGUCCUCUCAAAGUGCUCGUGCCAACAAAGAGAGUUCGAAACCCAGAAAAUGAGGACUACGAAGAUGAAGGAGACGACGCCGAUAUGGAUGAAGAACCUCGUGACCUGACUGACGAAGCUCCUGAGAACGCCGAUUGGACCACAGUAAGGCCAUAUGCAAGCUCAACAAAUGGGGAGCAGCAAGAUGGUAAUCUCGACAAUGAUGACUGGGGUUCCACAAGAGACAGCUGGGCGGCUGAGGGUUCCACAAGGGAGAGCUGGGCGACUGAGGGUGCGCAAUAA